UACUAGAAAAAUCGCUUCAGUGUAAUGUAUCCUUCAACCUUAUAAUGGUCUGAUCCGGAAGAUAUGGGACACCGGUAUAUUAAAAGCAUUUAAAUGCGCGCUUUUGAUACCGUUCUUUAAGUUGGAGGAAUUACAAGGUCAAAAAACGCGAUUUCUCCAAUAUGAAAGGAACGAACCGACAACGCUGCCUUUUUGGUUAUUCUAUGACUUGGUACAGCAUAUAAUUCACAACUGUUAUACUUAUCAGGCACAACCUGGUUUAUGGACUUUGAUCUUAUUUACUAAAGUAGUUAUAAUUUCGCUCGUAAGAUGACUAUAGCACAGAACUAUAGACUUGACAAUUAUCAUAUGUUGUUGCUCAAUAUAGUACCCGUAGUACACAUACACAUCUAUUGUUAUCUAUUCAAAUCUCUUCUGAACUUAAAAAAAAUGAAAUUGAUACUAACCUUUCUGUAAUAGAUUACGUAACACGUUUAUAACUUAGUAUUUAGUAAAUAAGCGAUUUGCUGGGUCAUUAGUUUAUUGUGACAAGAAUUGUAUUAUUUUUUCGUUUUUUGUAACAUUGGAAAAAUGUCUGCUUUAGAAAAGGUGAAUCGUUUAUUAAAAUCUGGAAAAGGGUUUUAUAAAAUUCUGGACAAGGUUAAAGUAAUUUCCACCAAAAAUGGUUAUUGUAAAGCAGAAGUAAAAAUUGACCAAGAACACACAAAUCCAAUGGGAGGAUUACAUGGUGGGUUUUCAGCAACUUUAAUUGACGCUAUCAGUAUUGCCAGUUUAAGAACGAUAGUUGAUGACAACAUGAUGCAUUUAUCCAAAGAAAUGAAUCUAAUAUAUACAAAAGCCGCAAGAGUUGGGGAUGAAAUUAUAAUAGAAGGUAAAACUAUUAAAAGGGGUGACGAAAUCUUUCACUUGGAGGCAGAAGUAAAAAAUAAAAAGACAGGAGAUUUAUUAGUUCGGGGAACUCAAAUAGUUUACUUAAAACCAAAGAAUCUUUAGAUCAAAAGAAUUAUAGAGUGCAUAAGCCAGAUGAGUUAUCUAUUAUGUAUAUUUAUUAUAUACAUUUUAUAUAUUAUAUUCAUACAAGAAGUGGGGAAAACAAAUAUGAUAGAAUUUAUAAUAGAAAACUAAGGAAUUUGUGACUCCUACUAUAUUAAACAAAUAAAUGAAACAAUUAUAUUUC